CUUCUCUUCUCACAAAUCGUCGUUUUCUCUCUUGCCGUUAUCUUUCUCACGAACAUUUUGAGAAAGGAGGAGAGAAGAGCAUCUACGAAACGGAACUAAUCCCAACUUCGUUUUUAGCUCAGUUUUUCAAUCCAUUUGUUGACCCGACGAAUUUCGCCUGAAAUGGCUAACCAAGGCGGGUCAUCAAGACGGAGCUUAUCUGUUACGACUGCGUCAUUGCACGGAAAGAAGAAAUCCAUGGAUAUGGGCGAACGAGGUCCCGACACUGGCCGGAGAUCUCUUACUGUUUCUCGUUCUCCUUUGGGUUUAACAGGAGGUGAGCGAACUGUUAAACGGUUGAGGCUUUCGAAAGCUCUUACAGUACCAGCAACAACAACUAUAUAUGAAGCUUGUAAAAGGAUGGCUUCCCGACGAGUUGAUGCUUUGUUGUUGACUGACUCUAAUGAAAUGCUUUGUGGGAUUCUUACUGAUAAGGAUAUAGCUACAAGAGUGAUUUCACAGGAAGUUAAUGUCGAGGAAACACCUGUAUCCAAGGUUAUGACGAAGAACCCAAUGUUUGUUCUCUCUGAAACACUUGCUGUUGAAGCCCUCCAAAAGAUGGUCCAAGGAAAAUUCAGACAUCUGCCUGUUGUUGAAAAUGGCGAAGUUAUUGCUUUAUUAGAUAUAGCAAAGUGUUUGUAUGAUGCGAUUGCUCGUAUGGAGAGGGCAGCUGAGAAAGGUAAGGCAAUAGCUGCUGCUGUUGAAGGUGUUGAAAAAAGUUGGGGGACAAACACUUCAGUUCCCAACACUUUCAUUGAAACACUACGAGACCGGAUGUUUAGACCUUCUUUAUCAACAAUUAUACCAGAUGAUACAAAGGUUUUGAAAGUCUCACCGACCGACACAGUGUUGACUGUAGCAAAGAAGAUGGUUGAAUUUCAAUUAAGCUGUGCAGUCGUGAUUAUCGAGGACAAGCUUCGAGGGAUAUUUACUUCCAAGGAUAUACUGAUGCGGGUUGUGGCUGAAAAUCUUUCUCCAUCUGAGACUCUAGUGGAAACGGUUAUGACUCAAAAUCCAGAAUCUACGAUAGUUGACACACCAAUUGUUGAAGCUCUGCACAUCAUGCAUGAGGGAAAAUUCUUACACCUUCCCGUUACUGACAAAGAAGGAGAUGUAGUUGCAGUUGUCGAUGUAAUCCAUGUCACUCAUGCUGCUGUUGCCACAGCUGGAACUACUGCGGGAAUAGGUAAUGAGGCGACAAACACAAUGAUGCAAAAGUUUUGGGAUUCAGCAAUGGCAUUGUCUCCUAAUGAGGACGAUGAGGACUCGAGAAGUGAGAGCUCCAUGAAAGUUGCUUCCGAAGCUGAGACAGGAAAAUCUUUCCCUUUUGCAAAUACAUUUUCGUUCAAGAUUGAAGACAAAAAGCACAGGAAACACAGAUUCAUAAGCGACACUCGGAGUUUGACAGAGGUGAUAACCGCGAUCAUUCAGAGGGUAGGGGAUGAUAUCGAUCCAGAUAACUUACCCCAAAUUUUGUAUGAAGACGAAGACCAUGAUAAAGUGUUGUUGGCUUCAGAUAGUGACCUUCAAGCAGCCAUAGAACAUGCAAAAUCAAUUGGCUGGAAGAGUCUGAGAUUACAUUUGGAUGAUUCAAGAGAAGGCAAAGGAAGAAGAAGGAGAAGAGCAUCAGGAUCAGCAGAAUCAAUGGAGUAUGUAGAGACAGACGCUUGGGCUGCUGCUUAUAGUGGAGUUGCGGCUGGUGCAGCAUUAGUAGCUGGUCUUGGUUUUAUGGCUUUUCUCAGAAAAUUCGGUCAUUGAUUCCUCAAAAACACUACAAAAAGUGUUU